GCGUUUAAAAAGACUGUGAUUUUUAUACCGAGUUGUUUUUGGGUGGUGGCUGAUGUUUAUUUAACUGGAACGUCUCUCUGUAGCUAAAGGAUUUGGAGCACGGUUUGUUAGAUCAGUUUGUAUAGUAGUAAGUUUUAAAAGUUUGUUGUAGUUUGUGGAGAGAGAGAGAGACAAAGAGAGAGAGAGAGAGAGAGAGAGAGAGAGAGAGAGAGAGAGAGAGAGAGAGAGAGAGAGAGAGAGAGAGAGAGAUUUUAAGAUUUAUUUUCUUUAUUGUGAUCAAAGAAACACAGUGACAUGCAAGCCAUAAAGUGUGUGGUGGUUGGAGACGGGGCAGUGGGAAAAACAUGCCUUCUGAUCAGCUACACCACUAACGCCUUCCCUGGAGAGUACAUCCCUACAGUGUUUGAUAAUUAUUCUGCAAAUGUAAUGGUAGAUGGGAAGCCAGUAAACCUGGGGCUGUGGGACACAGCAGGACAGGAGGACUACGACAGACUCCGGCCGCUCUCCUACCCUCAAACGGACGUGUUUUUAAUUUGCUUCUCGCUGGUGAGCCCUGCCUCGUUCGAGAACAUCAGUGCCAAAUGGCAUAAAGAGGUCUCACAUCACUGCCCCAACACUCCAGUCAUCCUUGUUGGGACCAAGAUCGACUUAAGAGAAGACAAGGACACUAUUGAGAAGCUGAAAGAAAAGAAACUCACUCCCAUUACUUACCCACAAGGCCUUGCUAUGGCUAAAGAAAUAGGUGCUGUGAAAUAUCUGGAAUGCUCAGCCUUAACUCAGCGCGGCCUUAAGACCGUGUUCGACGAAGCCAUCCGCGCAGUCCUGUGCCCACCGCCGGUCAAACGGCAAAAGCCGAAGUGCCUUUUACUCUGAAGGAGCCGUCCACAAAGAAGCGUCUGGAACGGUGAUGAUGGAGGACAUGUCAGGAAUACGAUGGAAGACUCUACCAACCAUACACGUCCAUCUCACUUGUGUUCUGUAGUAAUUAUAAUUAGAUAGAGCUGUUUGUUUGUUUGUUUUUUCAUUCUCGAGAAGCCAGGGGUGAUUUUUCCUCCUUAUAUCUUUUCACACUAAGUAAUCCUUUCUUUAUUUUAUUUCAUCCUUGAGAGCCUAUAUAUUUUGUUACAAACUGCACUUUACAUUUCCUUAAAAAAGUUUCCAAAAAUGCAAAUCUACCUUUAAUAGCUUUUGCUUAUUCUAUAAACACUAGUAAGAACAAGUCUUGUCGCUUACAUCAUAUACACAGAUAUAACUUCAUUGAUCCCCGAGGGGAAAUUUGGGAAUCUUUUAGGAUUUUAUUCAUUUUGAUUAGUUUAUUAAUUAUUUUGUGUACAUAUUGGGGUGAAAGAUUUGGUACAUAAAUGUUACAUUACAACUUUCAUGUGUUCACUGACUCUGAUACAGAAUACAUGUUUACCAUACAGAAUUCAGCUGUGUGAUUAAUAAUACGUGCUGCAUUUACUCAUGCAGUUGUAGUGAAAGAUGAUGUGUUUAUUUCAGCCCGGUAUUGUAUAAAGUCUAUUGUUUAGCUGAUCAAUAGAUUAUGGAUCAAUGUUUUUGCUAGCUUACACAGCGAGAAUGAGAAUGGUCUGUUUAAAAAAAAUCUGCUCUCAGUAGAAAAUGAUAUAAGUGAAAGCAUACAGAGAGAGGACACACAAGAGAAUCAGUCAAGAGUCGUAACCAAUAGAUGUUUUAUUUUUCUUGUGAAAGAUUUUUUUUAAUUUUUACUGUAACAAUCUGUAGAAAUUAGUAUUAGUGAUUUCAUACAAGUGUUAGUUAGCAGUUUUAGUUCAUCUGAAAUCAGUUCCCACGGUCAUCAUGUCUGUUAAAUAGAUUUAUUUCAUGUCUGUCCGUGUUCCAUUUUACAAAUUAAAGUUGUUGGAAUUGUACCAAA